AUUUUUCAGUAGGGUUACAAUUAAUCAAGCUCAGCUUCAGAAGCCUUCAAAGUGCCCCUCUAGAGCUUUUUACCGCUGUUAACCGCUCACGAGAUGAGAGGUGCCCCCGUCUCUGCAACUUUUGCCAAGCCCUCGAACAAUUAUUCAGGUGAACAACCCUGCAAACUUCCUCCACACUUUCCCUCCGCACCUUUCCUCCACACGCCCGCUCUCCACUUCACAUUCUCAACACGGAAACCGCGAUAAUGCUCUCCACCAGCACUAUGCGGCCAAUUCGAGCUUUCAGUGUCCGUUUCCAGCCGGCGCAUGUCACUCCAUUGUAUGUGGCCGCCGCGUUCACCACCUCCUCCCGGCCAGCAAAGUUUCGGCGAAUCCAGCAACCCGUCACCUAUGCAACACAACCUCCAGUCGCUGCUUCAGUCCGUUAUGCCUCCACCGCUCCGUCAAGCUCCCCGGCGCCAAACCCCGCCUCAACAUCUAACACCUCCUCGAACACCCCCACCCAGCUCACCUGGAACCGCUUCCUCACGCUGCGCCGAACGCGUCGAAAGAUCAGCGUCGUGGCGUCUAGCUUCAGUGCUGUCGCGACCACUUAUGCCGGCAUGAGAGUCUUCGUCGAGAACAAUUAUGACUCCAUAUGGGCAGCCAGCUUUGGCCUGGACCCAAUUGUCGUAGCAGGACUCACGUCAGUAGGACUUCUUGCCGUAGGGUGGCUUAUUGGACCGUUCUUCGGAAACUCUGCCUUUAACGCCUACUACCGGAAGAUUCGCGGCGAGAUCGAGAGUAAGGAGCGCGAAUUCUACAAGCGCAUCAAAGAGCAUCGCGUCGACCCGACCUCCUCCUCAAUGGCGAACCCCGUCCCAGACUACUAUGGUGAGAAGAUCGGCUCUGUUUCGGACUAUAGGCGCUGGCUCAAGGACCAGCGGGCCUUCAAUCUGAAGAGGGGCGCUUACGUUGGUAGUAAGUGACUCUCUUCUUUGGACCUAUUGGUCUGCUCUCCUCUGAGCAGUCUAUAGUCCGAGAGAAUCUGUCUAAAGAGAACGGUGCCGCUUAGAGACAAUCUCCGCGACGCUAGUUGCGCUGUGGGCGGGGCAGAGAGGGGCUUCUGGAUUUGCGGAAAGGGGAAAACGAUGUAUAUUCUAUUAUAGUAAUGGGAAUGGGACAAUGGAACGGCAAUUCAAGUAUAAAUACUGCCGAUUAGGGCAUCGGCAUAGGC